UGUACAAAAGCAGCUCGCAUAAGUUCUUGUCUUGCUAGUAUCAGGUGCAAUUAAACCUGAAAUGUCAUCGACUGUUGCCGAAAAUGUAGAUGGCAUCCAAUUCGAUCGCAAAUAUCGUUUGGGUACCGGUGGCUACGGUUCAGUGUUUCGUGGUACGUAUAAAGGUCAAAGUGUAGCAGUAAAAAGAAUCGAUAUUAGACCUGAGAGAGUUCAGAUAGUUGACCGUGAGUUAAAAAUUCUGCUACAGUUAGACGACCAUCCCAAUGUAGUAAAACUUUUCUACUUCACAAGGGAUAAAGACUUCAAUUACUUUGUUUUGGAAUUGUGCGACGCAUCAUUGGAUCAGGUGUUCCUAAAUGAGGACGAUCCUCGGAAAUAUAAAGGACCUGCAUUACCAAAUAAUUUCGAGGUUUUCUUCCAGUUAGCCACUGGUCUCGAGUACAUUCAUUCACAGCAACUAAUCCACCGGGACAUUAAACCGGAAAACAUUCUCAUUUUUGUGAAACAUACAGACUUGACAGCUGAAAAGAUAACGAUCAAGUGGGCUGAUUUUGGAUUUUCACGGGAAGUGAGUGAAUGGGGAACAUUCAUAAUGAGUGGAGUCAAAGGGACUCUAAUUUGGUUUUCCCCCGAAGAGAUGGAAAUUAGCAGCAGAGACGUACACACUGAAAAAAUUAAAGGCCCCACCAAAAGCGACGUAUACGCAGAAGGCCUUGUCUUCGGCUAUAUUCUCUUGAAAGGAAGACAUAUCUACGGUGAAAAUAAGGACGAUAUUGCGAGGAACAUCAAGGACAGCAAUCCAGUCAGUAUGAGUGAAAUUCAUCACAAGCAUUUAGCCCGUAACUUAAUAGAACAAAUGCUGAUCAAGACACCUGGCGAAAGAAUUACAUCCAAACAAGUUGUUGAUCAACUUCAAUCCAUAAAAAUCAAACUUACGGAAGGAGAAAAAAAUCUGCAUCGGUUGUGUGCAGAUCAAUGUCCAACACCAGACUAUAGCAUAUUACCACAAUGGAUAUUCAGAUAUCCAAGAGAUAUAAGGAAUGAUAUCAAAUCUUUAAUGCAACUCGGAAUCGACAUAAACGCAAAGAACGACGAUGGAUGGAAUGCGCUUCAUCUUUUGUGUUCUAACAAUUCAAGCCAACACUUAACCGAUGCGAUUGAGCUCUUGAUUGAACUCGGCAUCGACAAAAACACAAAAAACGACAAUGGGUCGAAUGCGCUUCAUCUUUUGUGUCGAAACAAUUCAAGCCCACACUUAAUCGAUGCGAUUAAACUCUUGAUCGAACUCGGCUUCGACAAAAAGGCAAAGGACAAAAAUGGGUCGAAUGCGCUUCAUCUUUUAUGUGGAUUCAAUUCAAGCCAACACUUAAUCGAUGCGAUUAAACUCUUGAUCGAACUCGGCAUCGACAAAAACGUAAAAACCAACGAUGGAUGGAAUGCGCUUCAUCUUUUAUGUCGAUUCAGUUCAAGCCCACACUUAAUCGAUGCGAUUAAACUCUUGAUCGAACUCGGCAUUGACAAAAACGCAAAGGACAACGAUGGAGGGAAUGCGCUUCAUUAUUUGUGUUGUAACAAUUCAAGCCCACAAUUAAUCGAUGCGAUUAAACUCUUGAUCGAACUCGGUAUCGACAAGGACGCAAAAACCAACACUGGAUCAAAUGCGCUUCAUCUUUUGUGUCGAAACAAUUCAAGUCCACACUUAAUCAAUGCAAUCAAACUCUUGAUCGAACUGGGCAUCGAUAAAAACGCAAAAACCAACGGUGGAUGCAAUGCGCUUCAUCUUUUGUGUUAUAACAAUUCAAGCCCACAUUUAAUCGAUGCAAUCAAACUCUUGAUCGAACUCGGCUUCGACAAAAAGGCAAAGGACAAAAAUCGGUCGAAUGCGCUUCAUCUUUUAUGUGGAUUCAAUUCAAGCCCACACUUAAUCGAUGCGAUUAAACUCUUGAUCGAACUCGGCAUCGACAAAAACGCAAAGGACAACAAUGGGUCGAAUGCGCUUCAUUAUUUGUGUCGAUUCAAUUCAAGCCAACACUUAAUCGAUGCGAUUAAACUCUUGAUUGAACUCGGCAUCGACAAAAACGCAAAGACCUACUUUAGAUGGAAUGCACUCGACUUGUGUCGGCGUAAUAAAAAUCUUGCAAAUUGUAACGUAGACGAAAUCUUUAAAACCGUAUGAAGUGAAUUUUCAAAAAUGUUAAGGCUGUUCGGAAGACGAACAUACUAACAUAACUUCAAACAAAAUUCCCCGGUACGUUGCAACAAAUGUGAUUCUCGGAAAAAUACAGGCAACUACAUGAAUUGUUCAAUGGCAAAGGGUAUUUAUUUCUAAUUGAAAUGCGACGCAUUUAUGUUAAAUAAAUUAACAUUCGAAAAAAAAUAAGGUACUGGUCAAUGGGCUCAUUAAGUACGACGCAUCACAUUUGCUGGACCUGAUUAACACGAGCCUUCUAACACAAAUGAUUAGAAGAGUGUGCGAAAACGUAACGAAAACCAAUUGAUCCCUUUCUUUUAGUAAUCACGUCCUUGAUAAGGAAGCAACUAGUUCUUCCGGUCCAAGAAAACAUAUUAGACGCGUAAAAUUACCGAGGAAGGCAAACUUUACAGGGUAGAUAAGCGUCAAGCUUCAUUAACAAACACAUAGCCAUAAUUCUAAUUUGCCAGUCAAAUAAGGUCUU